UUGAUACGUAACGUUCCUUCUUACCCCUCCAAUGUCUCCACCAUUUGUCUCCUAAUCUUUUGUCUCUUCAAUUCAUACCCAAUUUCCUAAUCCUAUCCACACCACAAAGCACAAAUCCCAUUACAAUGGCUAUGCAAACCCUCCAACACUGGUCCAAGAAUAAACCUACCAACACCACCAAGAAAGAAACGAAGAAAACCGGAUCCAAAAGGGCUAUACAGUCCCUAACCCUAGCCAUUGUUGUCCCUGUCUCUCUAACCAUGACCAUCAUUUUUAUGUUUGGCUCGGGCCACAAGUACCAAGCACUAGACAAACCAUUUGGGUUCCCACCUCUUUGGUUCAUACACUCAGCCUCUUUAGGAUCAUCUUUCCUCAUGGGUUUUGCAGCUUGGCUUGUGUGUGCUCAUGGUGGAUUUCAUACACAUCCUGAUGCGUUACCACUCUACAUUGCUCAAGUUUCACUAAGCAUAGUGUGGGAUCCUCUUGUGCUCGUGAUUGGUGCUAGAUUGCUUGGGCUUUUGUUUUGUGUUGUCAACUUUGGAACUCUUCUCGCAUGUUACUAUUAUUUUCGAAAGAUGACAGGUGAUGCCUCUGAUUUUACCUAUUAAAAAUGCCGUGACCCAAUACAAUUGUUUGGGGUAAAAGGCUUUCAAUUUGAACGGUGUAGACGAGUCAAGAGCCUAGUGUAGUGACCCAUUGGCUUUGCCCGGUUUUCUUGAAAGGAAAAUCUGAGUACAAAUUCUCCUCUCACUUAUUGUAAGAAACAAAAUAUAUACCAACCUUGGAGAUAGUAUAUGAAUAUAGCUGCAAAUGACAUA